GAGAAUAGAAUAAAGAGUAGAUAGAGAAUAAAAAAGAGCACAAUAGGAAGGUUGUAAAUUAAUCAUUUUUUACUAUAUUGAGUAAAUUAAAUUACAUUAAUUAUGUUACUAAAAUUCUUACUAUCUCAAACAUCUCUUCCUUGUACUAUAUUUACUCUGACUUCGUUAUCACUGUUAUUUGGAGUAUCAGAAGAUAACAAUUAUCCAGAGAUUUUUCGCAAGGAACCAAAAGAGUAUGAUUUCAUAGUAAUUGGUGCUGGAACAGCAGGAAGCGUGAUUGCAAAUCGACUGACAGAGAACGGCAAUUGGAACGUUCUUUUAUUGGAAGCAGGAAAAGAGGAACCACUAUUAACGGCAAUACCGGCGUUUACUGAAUUAUUUACCGGUACGCCUUACGAUUGGAAAUAUCAAACUCGUCCGGAAAAUAAUGCAUGCAAUCUACGAGGUUUUGUCCCAUUGAGAGGUGGAAAAGUAAUGGGAGGAACAACUUCGAUAAAUUAUAUGCUAUACGUAAGGGGAAAUCGUGAAGAUUAUAAUAAUUGGGAACGAAUGGGAAAUACUGGUUGGAGUUACAACGAUGUGUUACCCUACUUUAUGAAAUCAGAAGAUAACAGAGAUCAGGACAUUUUACAAGGUGGUUCAAUGUACCAUGGAACCGGUGGUUACUUAACAGUCGAACGAUUCCAACACGUAGAUCCAAGAACCAACAUAAUCCUUCGAGCAUACCAAGAAUUUGGAUUGAGACCAACCGAUAUUAACGGUGAAAACCAAAUUGGUUCAAUGCUUGCCCAAUCAACAACGAGAAAUGGAUCCCGAAUGAGCACGAAUAGAGCAUUCAUUAGACCAAUAAGACGAAGAAAUAAUUUAUUCAUCAAAAAUCAAGUGUACGUGACGAAAAUUUUAAUCGAACCAAUAACAAAAAUUGCCUACGGUGUUCAGUACACAUCAACAUUAACGGGCGACACUAAAAUAGCACUGGCAAAAAAGGAAGUAAUCAUUUCAGCCGGUUCAAUAGAAUCACCAAAAUUACUAAUGCUCUCCGGCAUUGGACCCAUAAAAGAACUCUUUCUCCAUGCAAUUCCAAUUUUAAAAAAUCUAUCAGUUGGUCACAAUUUACACGAUCAUAUGGGUGCUCUAGGUUUAGUAGGCAGUACAGGUGAAGGUUUCUCAUUUUUUCCCAGCUGCGAACGAAAUAUGAAUGAUUUAAAUGAUUUCUACGAUCAACAUAGAGGACCAUUGGCAUCAGUUGGGCCAAUAUCGGCGACUGGUUUCUUUCAAACAACACAAGAGAAUAGAACAGGCGUUCCCGAUAUUCAACUAUUUAACGGUGGUUUCAGUCCAAUUCUACCCUAUUACAAUAUGUUUGGAAUAAUACCCGCAAUUCUCGCACCGAAAACCAGAGGAUUUGUUAGACUCAAUAAAUUGAAUCCAAUAUUGGGAAAUCCGGAAAUUAAUCAUAAAUGUUUGGCGGACGCUGAUGUUGAUACAUUGAGGGAAGCGACAUAUAUGGCGAUAAGGAUAUUCAAUACCACAGUGUUUAGGGAGAAUAAUUUUACACUUAUAAAUAAACCAUUGCCAGGUUGUCAUAUGCACGAGUACAAUACUGAUGAUUAUUGGAAUUGUGUGAUUAGAAAAUUUUCCUUUUUAGUUAAUGAACAGGUUGGAACGUGUAAAAUGGGUCCACGAGAGGAUACUGAAGCGGUUGUUGAUCCGCGAUUACGUGUUCAUGGAAUUAAAAAUUUAAGAGUCGCUGACGCUUCAAUUAUACCUGUAAUACCUAGGGGAAGUACAAUGGCACCGGUUAUAAUGAUUGGCGAAAAGGCUAGUGAUAUGAUUAAACAAGAUUGGCCCUAAUUUGUGUGCUACUUAAAAUUUAUUCAAAUUAGUGGCAUUCAUUAGAAACUUGAUAAAAUUUAUUCAAGUUAUUAAAAUUUAUUAACAACUUGAUACAAAUUUAUUAAUGUUAUUGAAAUUUAUUAAAAAC